AUGCUCGAGUCGCGAAACUCGCUCGAAACGUCGACGACGCGGGAGCAUGAUCGUUCCGGAUAUGUCACGGUAUUGCAAGCUGUUGCUUUGCGGCCUAGAUGUUUCAACAGCAACUUGGCAAUUCUCAACGCAGUCGUUCUCCUUUUCUCCGCGAUCCGGUGUGUGUCAGUGAAUGGAGCCAGAGACGAUAUCCUCAAGGAUGAUAAACCGAGGAGCAUUAUGAAGCGACGAGAACUCGAAACUAGAGAUCAGAUGCUGCAUCCAUCAGCUGACAAUCAACUGAUCGAACAGAGACAGUAUCAUCGUACGCAGAGUAACGUCAGUAACAAGGUUGGUUUUGCCAAUCUGUACGAGACGGUGCAGCGUUUGAAGGAGACACGUCCACGGAAGAAGUCGAGCGACGCGUUUCAACGCAAAGAACGUCGUGAUCGUCGUUCCAGGCAUCAUUCUUCAUCACGCCAUCAUGGCUCCCAUGGAUGGGAGAAUGGCUACAGCUCAGAGCGUCGCAUCGUUUCUGUUCCUCCUCCGCAACGUAUCAUCUACCAAGAGUCGAAACGUUCGAUGACAAACGAUGAACUCGACAAAGUCGUACGUGAAGCGUACGAAGCAGCCGACGAAGCUCGUCGUGAACACUACCGUAUGUUCCGUGUAAUUAACGCCUUUGUGUUUGUAUGUGUGCAUGCUCCCUAA